ACGGCUGGGAGGGGCUCUGUAAAAAGAGGAACCAGGCAGGGGGAGGAGAGGGCCCCAGUCACGAGCCCCAGCAAGACCGGAAAGGGCUCUCCACCCCCAUCAGCACGGACACAACUGGGGGUGUUCAAAGCCAUAGGCCAGACACAGGAGGCCACUGCUUUCCUGCCUCAGUUUCCUAUCUGUGUGCAUUUGGGCACCUCACACCCAGCUGUGCACGGGCUGGGUCCUUGGAGGGCCAGGGUCCCUCCGGUGACUGGGGGACGGAACAUGAAGCCCUGAGGGGUGACAGCCAGUCCUGCCCGCCAGCCUGGGGCGGGGCCAGAGGCCGAUCUCAGAGAUCCCCGCCCACUGGUUUCCUCCGGGGUCAGCCGGACUCCUUAUCAGUCUGGGCCAGGCGGCCAGGCCCUUAUCUGCGCUGGUCCAGCAUCCUCCAGCCACUGCGCCAGGGGGACCCAUGCUGCUGCCAUCACCGAGGCCCCAAGGCCCUUGGGAGCCCAGGAAGAGGUGAAGCCCAGACAGGGUGGCCAACUGCCUGGGGCACAGCGUGAAGAGGCUGGAGGAAGCAGGGCUGUGGAGCCCAGCCUGAAGCAGGAACCACAUCCUUGUCUGACGGACAGAGCCAGGGCACUCAGCAGGCAGCACAACCAGCACCGGGGUGAGCACCCCAUUGGGGUCCAUGUGCCCGCCCGAGGCCCAGGCAGAGGUGGGCCCCGCCAUGACUGAGAAGGCUGAGAUGGUAUGUGCCCCCAGCCCGGUGCCUGCCCCGCUCCCCAAGCCUGCCUCACCUGGGCCUUUGAAGGUGGAAGAAGUGGGCCAUGGAGGCACCUCCUCCCCCAGGCUUCCCCCUGGUGUCCCAGUGAUCAGCCUGGGCCACACUAGGCCCCCAGGGGCAGCUAUGGCCACCACAGAGCUGAGUGCCUUGCGGCCCCCACUGCUACAAUUCUCCACCCUGGGAAGUGCCCCGACCCAUCUGGCCCUGCACUACCAUCCUCACCCCUUCCUCAACAGCCUCUACAUUGGGCCGGCAGGACCUUUUAGCAUCUUCCCUAGCAGCCGGCUGAAGCGGAGACCAAGCCACUGUGAGCUGGAGCUGGCUGAGGGGCAACAGCCCCAGAAGGUGGCCCGGCGCGUGUUCACCAACAGCCGAGAACGCUGGCGGCAGCAGAACGUGAACGGCGCCUUCGCUGAGCUUAGAAAGCUGCUGCCCACGCACCCGCCCGACCGGAAGCUGAGCAAGAAUGAGGUGCUCCGCCUGGCCAUGAAGUACAUCGGCUUCCUGGUGCGGCUGCUGCGAGAUCAGGCGGCUGCUCUGGCAGCAGGCCCCGCCCCGCCGGGGCCCCGCAAACGGCUGGCUCACAGAGGUCCGGACGACGGUGCCCGCCGUAGGCCCUGUCUCCGGGCCGAGGCCGUGACACGUCUGCAGCCCGCACCCCCGGCCUGCUCCAAUGACAGCCCCAGCGGUGCGGUCCGCCCCAUCAAGACGGAACAAGCGGCUGUGAGCCCAGAGGUGCGGUGACCCCGAGGCGUAGCCUCUGAUCCAAAGUGCACUGGGAACUCAGCCCUGGGCCGUCGAGGAAUGGGAGGACCACGCACUGCGCUUACUCUGGAGCGAAGUUCCCCGCAGAGGGACCAGUGAGGACAUACCCAACAGGGGAAGGGGCCGGGGGUCUGGAAGGGCGACCAUCACCCCCAGAGGCCCUGCAGACCUUUUUAUCACCCACUGCCUGCUGGAAGUGGCCUUGCCAGCAUCCUCCUCCCGGAGGUGAGGUCCAGGAAUCAACAAGGCAGAGUGGUCAUCGGACCCAAGUGGUGCCUCAUUUUUGCAGACGGGGGGGGGGGGGCUCACUGAGAGGUGGGGAGGAGCCAGGGAGCCUUCUCUUCUCGCCGGCGCCCCCUCCCGGGAACUCAGGGAUACAAGCGCCUCGACGGCGUCAGCAGCGAGCCUGGAGCGCAGAGUCCGCGCGGCGCCCCACCCCACCUAGCCCAACUGGGCCCUGCACAAUCGUGUUAGCGAAGGCUCAGUUACUGUUGCUUUUGUUUUUCUUUAUUUCUUUAUUUCACAUACACAUUAGCCAUUCAAUGGAGAAGCCGGAGAGUCAGGCAAAGAUGGUAUAACAGAAGCGCAGUGACGGGGGCGGGGCGGGGCGGGGCGGAGAGGGGACAGACGGGCUGGCUGCCUACUUGCAUUCCGCUAGGACACUGAAAACCCAGAAAACAAAACAGACAGUAAACUACCCUUGUUUCUUAUGUAUCUCAGUGCAGAGACGGGGGUGGAGGGCGGAGAGAGGGGGGAGACCAGGCUGAAGGAGGAAGAGGGGAGGACAGGGGACGCUAAAGGGAAGCACACCAAAUCCAUUAGUACUAUAUAUAGAGAUACUCGUAUAUACUGCGUUUCUUAGCCUAAGAAGAAACUUGUUUGACGGGACGGGCGGCCUUUGCGGUCCGCGAUGCUGGUGCUGGUCGGGCGCACGGAUCUCCCGGGAGGGUCCGAAGUGGGGCUGGCCCAGGCUGGCUUGCGGGGGGGAGGGGGGCGCCCCGAGGGUAGGUGGGUGAGGGGAGCAGAGGCGGGGCUGGGGUGCCCCUCGGGCUCUCGAUUGGGGGACGAAAGUUCUCGUGACUUUAUUGCUCCUUAAUUUUCUCUCGUGUGUGUGUGAGGGGGGGGGGAGUCCGUUCGGCACGGUCGGGGUGGGGAAGUGAUGGGUCGUCUGAGCCACCCGGCCCCUCUGGGACCCAAAGCGCGGCGUCCGCUCCGCCAGCACGGGGGUGAGAACAAGGCACUAGGUCGGCCGGCCAGCGCGGGGGGGCGGGUGUGUAAGGCAGUCGACAGGGCUGGUUGAGGGGUGGGGUGGGGUGGGCUGUGUGCGGGCCGUGUGCGUGCGUGCGUGCGUGCGCAGGCCUGGACGAAUCGACCUGUCAGCUUGGCUGGUCCGGUCCUGGAGCGUCGAGCCUUUCCCGUGCUCCCCGGAGGGUGACGGGGGUGGAAGGAAUGAUGUUGAGUCGGGGGCGCUGGGGCAGGGCGGGGAGGAAACUACCAACUUGCUGAGCGCGCUCCUGAUAAUGCUGGUGAGGGUCAAGUUGGCGUCUGGCUCAAAGAAGGGCGCUCAGGGGGGAGAGGGAGGGAGGGAGGGGACAUUUGUUCGUUGGCAUUGACCUCUGCGGGGGUAGGGGGCUGGGGACCCCCGCCGCACCCCAGUGCCUGGGUGAGGAUGGGGCGAGGAGGGGGCGCCGGCCCCAGGGAGGGGACGCCCGGGGAGACCCGCGGCCAGAGCAGCCCCGCCGCUGGGCGCACGCCGCUGUCCCGUUCCGUUAAACUCAACAAGGAAGGGAUAUGCGUGUUCCUAACAAGUGCAGGAUAUUUAAUUGAUCAUAAACUUAUGUAUAAUAGUUUGUGGGUUUUUAAAAACGUAUUUUAUAAUGUAAGAAGCACCAGGGUUUUUAUGUUGAAUUAUCUUAAAAAUAAUUUUCUCUCGUCCUUUUCCUUUUAGAUCUUGUGUUGAUUUUUUUUUUAAUGUUCAGGUAUUUUUUUAACUCUAAAAUGUGAACGUUUCCUUCAGCCCUCCCACCGAAACUGAGAACGAACGACGAAACAAAUAAAAACCCCAGAUCAUCCUUGUCAACGCAGGAAAACGACUUAAAAAAAAAAACUGAAAACGAACAAAAAAAAAAGGAAAAAAAACACUCAGCUUUCGUUAUCCCCGCGAAGGGCGGGGCA